AUGCUGUGCACGGACCAGCUGCGCACGGACCAACGUGCACAGCCUGCCCUAAUCUCCCCAUCUGCCGGCGUUCCUCGGAACCCCACACACUCACUUUUCCUUUCCCAUAGGUUGGGUGGUGCGCACCCCUACUGUACCCUACGAUACUACGCGCACCUCCCCUUCCUCCCCCCAUUCAACGUGGCUGCCUGCCAAGGCCAAGUCCACGCAUUCGACUCACAGGACCUCAUCGACGUCUACAUCCCAGACGGUCCUGAGACUAUCAUCUACCGUUGUGAGCAGCAACCGUGCCCGAACCGAACACCCCGAUCGAUCCCAGAAGACUACCCGCGCUACAAAGCGAUCCGACGAGCGCAACACCCACUCGGACCCCGAAGCACCCUAGCAUCUCGAUCGGCCUCGCGGCACUCUCACCCUGUCUCCCCUAACUCCCGU